AUGGCCGCGUGCCACGCAGCGGCACACAACACCAUCGAGGCCCACUCGCCUGCUCGCUGGGGCCCCCAGCCUGCGAGUGGCACCUACGAGGACCAGAUUGAGCCCACGAGCGGCGAGAGCGCCAAAGAGCGGCACGAGGCGGCCGCGCGGCCAUGGGCAGUGCCAGCGGCGGUGACCUCGGUGGCGCUCGUGUACGGCAGCUGGGCGCUGAUCGCCAAGGCGGCCAUCGAGGGCGCGGGCGCCUCCCCCCUCGUCCUCGCGGCCUACCGCUGCUGCGGGGGCUCCCUGGCGAUGCUGCUCGUGCACCGCCUCUGCGGCGCCGGCGCUCCAGGCGGCGCUGCGCCCGCGCCCUCGCGCGGCCUGGCCGAGAUCGCGGCGGCCGACCGCCCGCGCUUCGUACUGCUGGGCGCGCUCAUGGCGUGCAACGUGGGCGGGAACAUCCCGAGGAAGAAAAAAGCGCCUGCCGGCACUCACUGUCUCCGCGCUGCAGCCGCUGGUGCCCGUCGUCACCAGCAUUCGUGCUGUGGCUGGUUCUGGCCGCCCGCCCUCGAAUCGCCGGGCGGCGGGCAUCGUGCUGGCCGCUGUGGGCGCCGUGGUGGUGGUGUCCAUGGGGCCUCGGGGCGCAGGUGGCAGCGGCGGCGCGCCGCCGGGGCAGCCGCAGGGCGCCGGAGAGCCGCAGGACCGCGCGCCCGCGCGCGGCGUGCUCUUCCUCGCCGUGAACGUCUGCGGAGGUGCCCUCUACACGGUCCUGCAGAAGGAAGCAUCCGACCGGCGUCAGCCUAA